UUUACUUUAGAAUCUCGCUCUUUCUGCUCUCUCUUCUAUCUGGUUUCUCUCUCCUCUCUCUAUCUUCUCUUUCCUCUCUCUCUAUCUUCUCUCUCUUAGGUUUCUUCUCUCUCCUCUCUCCUCUCUCCAGAAGGGCCAAAAAAAACCCUAAAAGAGCUGUUUACCAACAACACAGUACUGCAAUGCCUUAAGUGGGAAAAAUGAAAACACGGUAAAGAUUUAAUCUUUGUUGCUUUUAUGGCUCAAUCUGUAGUUUCGAUGGACGACGAUGGAUUGAAUAUGCGGAAUUGGGGUUAUUAUGAACCUACUUCCCUAAAAGGGCAUCUUGGUCUUCAGCUCAUGUCAUCCAUGGCAGAGCGAGACGCAAAACCCUUCUUAUCUGGGCGGGAUCACGGGGUUAUAUUAAGUCCCAAUGGGGCUUUUCAUCCUCGAGAUUGUACGGUUUCAGAGGCACCUGUACACAUGGACUAUAUGAGGGACAGUUGGGUAAACCACAGAGAUAAAUUUCUUAAUAUGUUACCAGGAAACCCCAAUUUUAUGGUUCUUCCCGAACCUUCUGCAACUCAUCCCUUGCAGAUUUUACAGCCACCCGAUACAUCAAAUGAUGAGAGGGUGGUCAUGGAAGAUCAAGGGGUUAGGAAGGAAGGUGGGUCUUUGAAGAAAAGGACAGGUGGCAGCACCCCAAAAGCCCCAAAACCGAAGAAGACUAAAAAAGGUCCUUCUGUGCCAAAGGAAAACGGGAAUUCUUCUGUUCAAAGGGCGAAACCAGCUAAGAAGAAUAUGGAUGUUGUUAUAAAUGGAAUUGAUAUGGAUAUUUCCGGUAUUCCCAUACCGGUUUGCUCUUGCACUGGAACUCCUCAGCAGUGUUACCGAUGGGGAUGUGGUGGUUGGCAAUCGGCAUGUUGUACUACAACUAUAUCGAUAUACCCCUUGCCAAUGAGCACAAAAAGACGUGGAGCAAGGAUAGCUGGAAGGAAGAUGAGUCAGGGUGCAUUCAAGAAGGUUUUGGAGAAACUAGCAUCAGAAGGUUAUAAUUUCUCUAACCCAAUUGAUCUGAGGACUCAUUGGGCAAAACAUGGUACCAACAAGUUUGUGACAAUCAGGUAGAUUUACAAUGGUUGGUACAGUUAUGCAUCGCAUUUGGUCUGUUUUUUCUGUAUAUAUUAUGUGGCCUUUUGCAGAGGUUUAUCUGAUACUUUUGUAGUCAUGGCCUUUAAUAGUCAUGAUACAUGUUUUGAAACAUUAGACAUCUUGGAUCCUCCACGAUGGUUGUUUAAUUUUCCUGUUUGUGUUUAAAGGCUACCAAUGUCUGGCCUUAAGAUCUAGGAUUUUGGAUGUUUUUUUUUGUUAUUUAUUUAUUGAACCAUUUUGAGAUAAUAUCCUUUAUCCUUGAAUCUAUUGUUGUCAAGGAUCAGCAAUUCAAUGUUGUUUUUCUAUA